GGCGGAAUGAACCGAAAUUCACCGAAGACCCACGAAUUGGUUUUAACCACGAUGCAGAGAAGAAACAACAAACGUAAAAAGCCUCUAAUGGUGGCCAAAGAAUGCAUUGAAAGAAAAAGGGAUAUAGAAUUCCUAAAAAAAGUUUGGAUUAGUGAUGAGAUACACUGGGGAGUUGUAACAGAAAAACCUCUAUGUAAAGGGGAUUUUAUUGCAGAAUACAGAGGAAAAUUAUGCUUCGAAGAACCUAAAGAGAGUGCGUACAAAUUUGAGUUUUUCAACAAGAAGACCAAGUACUGGAUUGAUGCCUCGGAAGAUGACGGCUCCAUGGCAAGACUCAUAAAUGAUGAACAUAUAGAUCCUAAUGCUAAUAUAAAGGUGCUUCAUGAGGGGUUUGCAGAGCCCCAUCUUUGUAUUUUUGCUGUUAAUGACAUAAAAGCUGGUGAAGAAAUCAGAUACAACUAUGGAAAGAACGUUGACUUUUUUUGGCGAAAAAAGGUAGUUAAAAUUUAUCCUUCAUAACCAAAUUAGGCAACAAAAAGUCACAUAUAUUUAAUGAAGUCAAACAAGUCAAACAAAAUUUCAAGUAUGCUCAUUUAUUUAGAUUUAGCUUCAUUAAUGUAAAAGGAAACUUUUAGCAUAAUCAUAAAUGUCUGAAACCAGGAUGUUUAAAACAAAAUCUUGUAGCAGAUAAGAAUUCAAAGAAACAGAAUUUGCACAGUAGAUGCAAGAAUAAAUUAUAUUUAUAUAGGUUUCACUCAAUAGUGUUUGAAUAUUUUACAGAGAUUUUUAAAAUCGGGUAAAGGUAAUGACUUGUAUAUUACUGUUGAAAUUUUGGUUUAGUUCGUUGUAGCCUCGCAAAAAUGCAAAUGUCUGAAAGCUUGAACUUUGGAAAGGACAAGUGAGAUAUUUUUUAAACAUGUAGUUUUGCAUCUUGUUAGAUAUACUCUUCUCUUGUCCAGUUCCUUGGCAGAUACAAGUAUCACUAAAAAUAUCAUUAAGUAAUAAAGAAAUCCCUGAUAUUUUAUAAUUAAGGCAGCCUCGUUAGACAAAGAAGAAAUAAUUUUUUAGAAAUACAUGCAUCUGUUUUGAAAACAAAUUCAACAAGCAUUCUGAGAGUAUUGCAUAAGCAAUACAUGUCCCCUACCGGUUUGUAGACAUUUGUGAAAACAAUGCACUGUUAUGCAGAAUAUCAUUUCUUACUGUCUCAACAGACCAACCCGAUAGCGAACCCGAUUGCAAUAAUAAAAGAAACGUUAACCCUGUCGAUUAAAUUUACAACACAAUGCUUGACACUAUUUUACAGAACGUAUUUGUUUGUCAGAAACAAUAAAAGGAAUAGUCCAAGUAAUGCACGAGAUUAAUUAUCGUGCAUUGACAACAUACUUUCCUCGUUUAUUUGAUACCUAGCACGAUAACGAACCCGAACAUUAAAAAAUUGGAAUAUCAAACAAUUAAUUUUCUAGAAAAUAUGUCAACCAAGUGCUACAAAAGUGUAAACCUGAUCUGUAGUUUGACAUUUUGAAGCUGUUCAGCAAAUUUCAUAUUAUUCCUGAAACGCAUAAAGAAAAAAAGUGUGGAAAACUGAAAUGGGACAGACAGACGGACUGACAGAUGCAUAGGAAAGCUAUAGUCCCCUCCGAUGAAAACCGGUAGGGCAAUAAAAAGCAGUGACCAACACAGUUGCCAUAUUAAAUUUACUAGCUAUUUAUCUUUUAUGUUUACUUGUAAUCAUAUGAAAAAUUUGUCAAUUAUUACUGUAGAUUUUUUUUUUCAUACUUGAGUACAUAAUAUCGUGAAAUGACCCCUAGACGCCUAAUUGCAAGAAUGAUAGUUGAUCUAAAGCUUUUACGUGGAUUUCAGGGCCAUUAAAUUAAAAGAAUGUAAUUUAAUUAUAGGAGUAGAGCUUCGCACGAAAUUACAAUACAAUGUAGUAUUUAUUCUCAAGAAGUAAGUCAAUGAUCUUUUAUCUCAACAAUAAGAAGGCUUUCAAUACAUUUGCAUUUUUAUGGUAAAUGAAAUAAUUUACAAAGGGCUGUUCUGUUUAAAUUUGAAAUUUAUUUGUUAAUGUGUGGUGAAGGUUUCUUCAGAUUUUAGAAACUUGAGUUUUAAAAGCAUGCUAAGAAAUUUAAACUGUAGAAUAUAACUAUUUAUCUAGUGCUCUUGAUGUUCUUGAUCAGUGCCUUAAGAGCUGAAUCCAUUUUUUUUACUUUUGUUGACUAAAAAUGAUUCAAUCCAUAAUGUAGAAAUAAGAUCUGACGAAAGGCAGGAUGACCAAGGAGU